GAGUCCUACUUCCUAUGUAGAGACAAGCACUAACGAUACACUGCUGAUUGCUAUGGUUGAUGAACAUGAGAUCUGCUAAAGCUGUAGUGACCGAAAACGCAGCCGCCAUGCGCGUCCAGGCCCAUGGCUCCGUGUCGCGGACCAUCACCAGCUUAAGGCGAUGGUCCAUCAUCAACAAAGAACUUCCAGUGGUGUCACAGGUUCGAUCUAUUCACGUCUACGAUUUCGACAACACAUUAUUCUUGAGUCCGCUUCCGAAUCCGCAGCUAUGGAAUGGCCCGACUAUUGGGUUCCUGCAGGCUUAUGAGAGCUUUGCGAAUGGCGGCUGGUGGCAUGACCCCAAGUUGCUGGCUGCGACUGGUGAUGGUAUGGAGAAGGAAGAGGCACGGGCUUGGGAGGGAUGGUGGAAUGAGCAGAUUGUGCAACUGGUCAAGCUGAGUAUGGAGCAGAAAGAUGCCCUUACGGUGCUGCUGACCGGCCGCGGUGAGAAUAAUUUCUCGGAACUCCUCCGCCGUAUGGUGGAUAGCAAGAAAUUGGAGUUUGAUCUCAUUUGCCUCAAGCCUGAGGUUGGCCCGAGGAGCCAACGGUUCUCCACUACUAUGGAAUUCAAGCAGACUUUCUUGGAAGACCUUGUUCUCACUUACGACCAGGCUGAAGAGAUUCGCGUUUACGAAGAUCGCGUGAAGCAUGUGAAAGCUUUCCGGGAUUACUUUGAGCAGCUAAACCGCAGGUUACAGUCCGGGCCGAAUGGCGCGAGAAAGCCCAUCAGCUCCGAGGUCAUCCAGGUAGCGGAAGGAUCGAUGUACCUUGCCCCUGUAAUGGAAACCGCUGAAGUGCAGCGUAUGAUCAACUCUCAUAAUCAUUCUAUCCGCAACGCGGCUAUGAACCGGGCCAAAUCCCCGUACGGCCGACUACGCAUCAAGCGGACUAUCUUCUACACCGGCUAUCUCAUCUCCAAUACUGAUUCUGGUCGACUGAUCCGCCAGAUUUUGAACCCUAUGCUGCCCUUUGGGCUUGCUGAUUCUAAUGAUCUGAAAUACAUGGCCAACAGCAUACUAAUCACUCCCCGUCCAGCCCCUCGGUCUAUUCUUGAUAAGGUUGGUGGCAUCGGCAAGAAGCUGAACUGGCAGGUCACCGGGACUGCGUGUUUUGAGAACCGCGUCUGGGCUGCAAGGUUGACGCCCGUGCCAGCCACCGAGAAGUACUACACGGAGAACCCGCAUCCGGUGGUGGUCCUGGCGGUGCGCAAAGGCGCGCGCCCGAUUGACGCUGGCAAGAUCCAGAAUUGGCACCCGGUCCCUGCUGACAAGGCCUUGACUUUGGAGACGGUCGUGGGCGAGAAGGUGGUCCUUCGCGUUGAAGAAGAGAACCCCAACGAGGGCGAGUGGGAGAGUCAGUUCCCGAACAAGAAUAACAAACGUCGCCACCAGCAGGAACGGGAUGAAGAAAUCCUGUAUCCGGAUCAGACCCAGGACGGGCCGCCCCAUAGCCGACCACACUAUAACCCGCGCUAUGGAGGCAAUAACCGUCAUCACCAUGAUGACGGUCCUCGGCGGGGGUCAUAUCGCGGGCGUGGGCGUGGGUCAACGUCGCGCGGCCGAGGCCAAAGCCGGGGCGGGCGUGGCCGAGGGCGUGGUCGGGAUGCCGGACCUCCGGGAGGAUAUCGGUCCCUGGACGAUUAUGGCGGUGGGUACGAGGGGAUUCACUACGAAGAGAAGCCGGGCGGCAACAGCGGGGGUGGCGGACCGGUGAUGAAUUAUUAAGAGGUCGAUGGUUGAUGGACGUCACAUGGCGCAUUGCGUUUUGCGUUCUGCAUGCUGCUUGCAUUGCUGGCUUGAUGCUAGUUCUACUAGGCCUGAUUUCUGCAAAUUAUCAAUGAAUCAAUUCAAUGCUUGAUAGUCAU